AUUUUUGGGGGUUUUUCAAUGUGGUUUUUUUUUUUUUUUUUUUUUAACCUAAAAUCAAGAUUUUGGACCCAGAGGUCUACUUACUAUAAGCUUAUUUUAAAAGUUCCUGGUAAUAUUAAUGCAUACUGUGAAAAGGCAUAUGUAAGCAGUAGGCCUACAAUGGUUAGGGUUUUAAGAGGUUUUGUCUGUGACUUAAAAUACUGAAGUAGAGGAAAGCAAUGAGUGGGAUUAUUUUCCUCUUGUAUUAUUGUUCAAAUUAUAGUUCAGCAUGUUUAUUUCAAAGACAAAGAAAUUUAGCUAGCUUUCAUUUUGUUGCUGUCAAACAUGAUGGCACUGACUUAAGUGAAAUUCUCAUCCUGUUUUUCACCAAGUAUUUAUCAAGCUACCUAGAACUUUCCUAAAUAUUGUUAAUUAUAAUAUAUAUUACUAUUUUGCAAAAUGAAAGUAGCUGUAACAACUUGUAAAAUAAGGAAAGCUAUUUUCUGUCUAAGGGGGAUGUAUAAAUUUGUGAAAAAUCCCAAACUCAGUCUAUUAGUGCUUUUCUGUAUUGUUAAUCUUGUUUGCAUGUAUAAUGAAACAAAGGUGAAAAAAUAAUUAUCAUAAGUUCAGACAAAAACAUCUCUUUGUUCAGCAGUUACACUUUCUGCUGCAGACCAAUUUGAUGUCAAUAUAUUAAUUAAUGUCUUUAACCUAAUUUGCAUAUUUCAUUAGAAAUUAAAUAAAACCAAGCAAAAGCCAGUACACAAAUUCCCCUCAAAAAACCCACCCCAAAACCCUAAAAAACAUCUUUAGAUCCUGUAGCCUCUGAAAUGGAAGUACUGAAUUCCCUUGUUGGUGUGGUGCCUGAAUCCCUAUUGAAUUCAAGUAUUGCAAACAUGGGUUUACAGAAGAGAAGUCUGGAAGAGAUCUGACCCACAAGACAAUUCUGCUGGGCAUUGAGUCGCUUGCUCCUCUGGAAGUUUUGCUCUGAAUGUGCUUUUCUUUUCCUGCAGAAACUCUGCUGUCCCAAGCAGACUUUUGCCCUCAUACCUGUACCCCACACUGUUAGCACAGCCUGGUAUUCUGCAGAGAGGCAAAAUCAGCAUUGCCCUGUGACCAAGCUGUGRGGAAAUAAACCUUGAAUGGAUUUUGGAAACAGUCUCUUCCUUGUGAUUAAAGAAAUAGCUGUUCUGAAUCUUUGCAUUUUAGUUUUGAUCUUUGAUAAAAGUUAAAAUGCUUGAUUGUGCAAAUAGGUAUUUAAAMGAAAAGGGGAUAUGGUUUAUGAAAAGACAGUUGCAUGUAUAGAGUGGGAGUUACUGUUUCACUUUUCCAUUAAAGUUAACGGUAAAUAAAGUCAGCAUUUUCAGAGGACAUAGCUCAUAUUCUGUCUUCAACAGCCUGAAGAGCCAGACAGAAAAUAAAACCUCAACUGCYCUAAAUCCAUUAAAAUACAAACAUUUUACAGUGAGAUACAUGUCUGAAACGUGGCACAGGCAGUUACCAGUUGAAAAAGAUGCCGUACAGAGGAUCAAAAAUCGUGGAAAGCCUAAUGAAAAGGGRCAGCCUGGUUUUACAGUCUGGCUGGAGGAUAGCACUGAGAUUAGGGGAUUGAGCAAAAAGCCGGCGUGCCGAAUUGCGGGUUUUUAUAUAAUGGCUUUAGUGAGUAUCCUUUAGGACCCAGUGGAAAUAUUUAGUGAGGCAAACUUGGUGGGUAAUGGCCAAUCAUUAAGCGGCGAUGAGGGAAGAGCUGUGAGUGUGAAGCCCAUGAAAGGCUGUCAAACGCAUCACGCCGGGAACGCGGCGUUUCUGCCACUGAUCGCCGACCAACGCGCCACGCUGGAAUUAGAGUUGAUUCAAUGUUUAAGCCCGGGGGAACUUGUACUACAGGAGGUCACUGGAGUGCAGAGUGCCCGGCUCCCAUUUCCAGCAAGAUGCCUUAUUUCGCAAAACUCCUUUUAUUAAUCUUCUGCUUAGUUCUUCUCGUGGAAAGCAGAAAACACAGGAGGAGGAGGUGGACAAGCCACCUGGAUGUGCAGAGGGCAAGUCACAUCCUUAAGAAGAACCGCGACUUGACCAAAGCCUGGAAAGGAAAGACGGAGCAGCUUCUCAGAGUCGAUGAACACGACUUCACCAUGCGGCCAGCCUUUGGAGGCCCUGCAAUUCCUGUUGGGGUGGACGUGCAAGUCGAAAGCUUGGACAGUAUUUCUGAGGUUGACAUGGAUUUUACCAUGACCUUGUACUUAAGGCACUACUGGAAGGACGAGCGUCUCUCCUUUCCCAGCACCAAYAACAAGAGCAUGACCUUUGACGGCCGCCUGGUCAAGAAGAUCUGGGUCCCUGAUGUCUUCUUUGUGCAUUCCAAGAGGUCCUUCAUUCAUGAUACCACCACGGACAACAUCAUGCUGCGAGUGUUCCCCGACGGGCAUGUCCUCUACAGCAUGAGGAUCACAGUGACRGCGAUGUGCAACAUGGACUUCAGCCACUUCCCCCUGGACUCUCAGACAUGUUCUCUGGAGCUGGAAAGCUAUGCUUACACUGAUGAAGAUCUGAUGCUGUAUUGGAAAAAUGGGAAUGAAUCUCUGAAAACCGAUGAAAAGAUUUCUUUGUCUCAGUUUUUGAUACAAAAAUUCCACACUACAUCAAGACUGGCUUUCUACAGUAGCACGGGUUGGUACAAUCGCCUCUAUAUAAACUUCACUUUACGCCGACACAUCUUCUUCUUCUUGCUCCAAACUUACUUCCCUGCCACUCUCAUGGUCAUGUUGUCCUGGGUGUCCUUCUGGAUCGACCGACGAGCAGUUCCUGCCAGAGUCUCUUUGGGGAUAACCACUGUGCUGACCAUGUCCACGAUCAUCACUGGGGUGAAYGCUUCCAUGCCUCGUGUUUCYUACAUCAAAGCAGUGGACAUUUACCUGUGGGUCAGUUUUGUGUUUGUCUUYCUCUCAGUGYUGGAAUACGCGGCUGUGAAUUACCUGACAACGGUGCAGGAGCGGAAGGAGAGGAAACUGCGCGAGAGGUUUUCAUGUUCRUGUGGAAUACCUCACUCGAAAACUAUGAUGCUGGAUGGAACCUGCAGUGAAUCUGAUGCCAACAGCCUGGCAGGAUACACAAGAAACCAGAUGGUACCAGAAGAAGAAAAACAAGAAAAGAUGGUUGUGCAUUUAGCUAUGAGCAAUGAAUCUAACUCAUCGAGGAAGAGAGGCCUGAAGGGCCACGUGGGCUUGCGCAUCAUCCAGAACACCCAUGCAAUUGAUAAAUACUCCAGAUUAAUAUUCCCAGGCACCUAUAUAUUUUUUAAUUUGAUAUAUUGGUCUGUCUUCAGCUAAGCAUGCUGGCACAGCAGAGACUGAAUCAGAAGACAUCUACAAAGCACUCUUUUGUUGGUACUUUUUUGGUCUAAUCUGGACACAAAGCCAGAAACCUGAUUAUUUUAUUGCUUCUUUGAAGGGUAAAGGGGAGGAUACACCCUCCAGGAGGCAACUCCAUGCCCAGGCCUCAUGGAGGAACUUGCUAUGCUGGUUGAUUUCCAGCCCACACCCCUGCUCCUGUUUGCUUUAUGAAACAUGGCAUUUCUCAUACUUGAAAACACGUGUCCACCAUACACCCAAAAGAUGCUGGAUGCUCGUUUGGGGUUGGCCACGCUGGUGGUGCCUGCUGUGCAAUGGACCAAAGACAGUGCUCAUKUGAGCUGUAAGGAAUUAGAUAAAUACAACUUGCAUGGGGUGGUCUGGACAAUGCAUCUCCUGUAAGGAAACUGAAUGAGAACUUUCCUUUACAAAAU